AUGGAGAGAUGCCUGACACUUGUUUUACUGUCUUUAUCUGUAAAACUCAUCACAGCUGACGGUGUGAAUGUGAGGUUGGUUGGUGGUACCAGUCGCUGUGCUGGUAGAGUGGAGGUUCUUCAUAGAGGUCAGUGGGGAACAGUGUGUGAUCUUGGCUGGGAUUUGGCUGAUGCUGCAGUGGUGUGUAGAGAGCUGGACUGUGGAGAACCUGUAGAUGCUCUGAGUGAUGCUCAUUUUGGAUCAGGAUCAGGACCAAUCUGGAUGAGUAAUGUCUGGUGUGCUGGAUCAGAGUCUACACUGAAGAAUUGUAGGUCAUUUGGAUGGGGUAAAAGCACCUGUGAUCAUGCUAAAGAUGCUGGAGUCAUCUGCUCAGAAGUCAGGCUGGUUGGAGGUUCUCGCUGCUCUGGGAGGUUAGAGAUACUUGAUGAUCAGUCGUGGGUUUCAGUGUGUGCUGCUGCCUUUGACCAGCAGGAUGCAGAGGUUGUGUGUAGAGAGCUGGACUGUGGGGCUCCUGUACAGGUGCUGGGAGAAGAUGCGUUUGGAAAAGGAGAUGCUCAGAUGUGGACACAAGAGAUUCAGUGCAGAGGAAAUGAAUCUUAUAUUUCAUUUUGCUCAACAUCAUCAUCCCACAAACACAGCUGCAUCAGUAACAAUAAUGUGGGCAUGAUGUGCUCUGGUAAAGUAUAACUAUUCAGUAGGCAUGCACCGAUACCAAUA